AACAUUGACUCGGCUCAACGACGUAAACAAACAAUGGCCGGCUGGGGCAGGGCGGGAGCGGCGUUCACUUAUUGCUUUAUUCUCACCCUAUGCCUUCUGGGCGGGUAUGAGGGACUGGAGAGAGACCAGAAUGGAUACGUCAUGUAUUGUCCGUGUAUGGGUCGAUUUGGAAACCAGGCUGACCACUUCCUUGGAGCUCUGGGAUUUGCAAAAGGCCUCAACCGCACCCUGGUGUUGCCACCCUGGGUAGAAUACAAACCGGGUAACCCUAGAUCAAUACAGGUUCCAUUUGACACCUACUUCAAAGUUGAGCCACUUACCAAGUUCCAUCGUGUGGUGCUGAUGCAUCAGUUCAUGGAGGAGUUUGGCAGCACUGUGUGGCCCCCGGAGGAAAGGAUUGCCUUCUGCUAUGUCCCUCGCCACAACUCGGAAGGCUGCAAUGCCAAAGAGGGCAACCCCUUUGGGCCUUUCUGGGACACGUUUGGAGUUGACUUUGUGGGCUCUGAGUUUUACCGUGGCCUCACCUAUGAUGUCCACCACCAGAGCAUGGCUGACAAGUGGAAUGACUUGUACCCUGCCAGCAAGUGGCCAGUGUUGGCCUUCACUGGAGCACCAGCAAGCUUUCCUGUACAGGAGAAUAACCGGGGUCUUCAUAAGUAUCUGGAAUGGAGUGAUGCAGUGCUCAAUAAGGCUAAGAAGUUUAUCAACUCUCUCCCCUAUGGACAUUUCAUUGGCAUACACCUCCGCAAUGGAGUGGACUGGGUCAGGGCUUGUGAACACGUGCACCAUAGUCCCAAUCUCUUCGCUGCGCCACAGUGCCUUGGCUACCGCAAUGAGCAUGGGAAGGCCACCACAGAGCUGUGUCUUCCUUCCUUCAGCACCAUUGUCAAGAAGCUGAAGCGCGUCAUCAAGGCCACAGGAGCCGCCAGCGUGUUCGUGGCCUCAGACAGUGACCAUCUCAUCCCUGAGCUGACCAAGGAGUUGAGGAAGAUGAAGGUGAGUGUACACAAGCAUGAGCCCGCUGACCCCCAUGUUGAUCUGGCCAUCUUGGGUCGCUCCAAACACUACAUUGGCAACUGUGUCUCAUCCUUCUCUGCCUUUGCCAAGCGGGAGAGGGAUGCAGCAGGCUUCCCUUCCUCAUUCUGGGCAUUCCCGCUGGAGAAAGAGAAGUCAGCAAAGCAGUCUGCCUCUGCCACUCGCCACAUUGAGUUAUAGCCCACACCAGCUCUAGAGAAUAUGAGUUCUGACAUGCUGUCAAGCUUCUCAUUCAUCUGAGGAAUGUAAGUCAGUCUUCCCAUCAAGGAGAGUGAGGAAGAUAUGUGACAUUGAGUGUGAUAUAUAUAUAUUUAGGAAUCCAAGAAUGUCAGAAUGCCCUUUUUUUGCUAGUGGGUCUUCAGGGGAAGGAGAGAAUUGAAAAACAAUUGCAUGUUUUUAAGAUUAGAAUUCACAGUUUAGCCAGAAACAAAUAUGCUAAAUUAAUUUUUAUACUGCUGUUUUGGAACAGGAAUGUAGGCAGUUUUUAAGUUACUGACUUUUAGGAUAAAAUUAACACAUUUUUUUAGUAAAAUUGUGCCCUAAUUGCUUCCACAACUACAGUGUCUAGCUAACUUGGUGAGUUUCUUGCUGAGUUUAGGAGAGAACUGUAAGAAGACUUGUCUUGAUGAGGAAAUGGUGAUGAUGGCUUUUUAUAUACAUACAAAGUAAAAAAGGUUCCUAGACACAACCAUCACAAUAGGGGUAAUUAGCACAUCUGUAUUUUAGCUGCCAUAUGUAGUGAAUAGUUGAUACUGCAUCUUAUUCACUGUUUACAAUGAUGCAUACAUUGUUUAAAUUUUAUUGAUAUUUUGCAUAAUACACUGAAGCAUUUUACCUAUUCUCUAAGUGGUGAUAGGGAUUAACAGGUGUUGUGUCCAUCUGCUUCUUAGAGGCAGCUGGACCUCUGGAUGAGUGGCAGCUGGUGCCAAGCUUAGCUCAGCUGUGAAUGAGUCCAGUUAUGAGGAGCACUUGAAGCUCUGUGGAUGGUGUUGUGGGUAGUCUUCCCUGAGGAUAUUUUGGGAUGUUGUCUCUGUGCUGUUGCCACUUGAUAGAGAAAUCCUUAGGUUGUGUGGGUACCUUUGAGAUUCUCUGUUAGCAGUGGAGAAAUUCUUGACACUGUUCAUGAUAGGCUUGAAUGUGGGUAGCCAUGGUGUGAGGUGACAUCUGGUGUGGAAACUGUUAUCUCAAGUUCAGUGACAUUGAGGUGUUCCAGCACAAGUAACCAUCUAACACUGGGUGUGGUUAAUUUAACCAAAGUAUAAAUCCCUGUCAUCUGAGAUCACAACCAUUCCAUUGUUUCCCAGCUGUCCUCACGUGAGGAGGUUGGCUACUUCCCUGUAGAACUCUAUUACAGCCAUUCCCUUUGGUGAAUUCUGUAGGAUAAUGAUAAUGAUAAUGUAUGAUUUGUGGAUGAGAGAAGCAGAGGAUAUAUAUAUAUAUAUAUAUAUAUAUAUAUAUAUAUAUAUAUAUAUAUAUAUAUAUAUAUAUAUAUAUAUAUAUAUAUAUAUAUAUAUGCUGAACAAAAAAAAACACAAAAUCUCAAGUGUUCCUACUUUACAGUUGUGUAAGGACACAAGGUGCUAAUGUAAACAUGUGUAUACAGUUAUCUGUGUUGGCACAAACUUGUACUCUUACUCUCAAAGUUUUUAUACUGAUCCAUGUUGUGUGUAUACAUAUUAUGAAGAAUGUUUUGUGUCUGUAUCCAGUCUGUUACACAGUGUUUGGUUAUUUCUGUUUUUAUCCAAAGGUGGCAUUAGCUGCAGAAAAUGUACAGAUGCAUACAUAAAUUUAAGUUUAGCACUUUAAUCAUUUUGUUAUAUAUAUAUUUUGCUAAUAUAUUUGCCCCAAGAUUAUAUAAAGGUCAGUAUUUUUUGUCAGGAAAAGAUAUUAUAGCACAGGUGCAAAUGCUAAACCUUAAUCAUUGCUCUUCACUUUUAAAAGAUUUUAAUUGCUUCAAAACAUUUAAUAGUACUAUUUUCUUAGGGGAGUCUUAGAAUGUUUCAUUUCUCCCUUUUAUUCAGUAUUAUAACAAUCUCACAUUGUAAUUACAUUUAUGUUUUGAUAUAUAAUAUUUACCCCAAUACCAUUUUCCUUGGGGAGUCUUUUACUGUAUGUCACUUCCUCCUUUUAUUCAGUACUCCAUCAACUUUUUAUUUUAUUUUUUUUCUUUUAUCAUUGCUGUUUGCUGCUUUUAUCGUUAGUAAUUUUUUAAAGGGCACUUACAAUCUGUCAGUUCCAUCCUUUCCUAUGUGUUCCAAGGAUCUCACAUUUUUCUCCAUUUUUAAAAAUUAAUUAAUUAUUAAUGCUAUACCUGCAUUUAUCUUGCAUCCCCUUGUUGCAUUUCUUCACAUCUGUUUUCAAUAUUACAUUAACUUUUUUCUUUUGUUUACAUUCUCGUUUGAGACCCUACUAUUAUCUUGAAUAUUUUAACAAUCACUAAUCCUUUUCCUCAUGUAACAUAAAUUAUAUCGGUUCCUCCAUUCAGUGUUCCACUCAACUCCUGACCUUUUCCUACAGUCCCACAUCUGUCAACACCUUGUGACUGUUACUGUGGUGCCAAAAUCAAUCCUGUACCUUUGGUGGCUGCUAGAGUAAGUCGCCCCUCGCCAGUUAUAUCCUUUAGUAAUUGUAGUAGUAAUGUAACGCGUCUCUCGAUCGUCCCUUGCAGUGUGUUUUCGUCAUCAAAGUCAGUUGUAUAUUUUUAUAUUCAGAGGUGUUUAUUUAGUGUUCAUGCCUCGAUUAGUGCCUCUUUCAGUGACUAAAUUAAACAAAGGUCAAGCUAA